UGUCAGACACACAGAUCACGCUCUAUCCAGUACCACGCAAAGGUCAACUCGACAAAGAAGAGCUCCGAAACCUUUUCAAAUAGAUCCAAAAAGCAAGUCCUACACUCUUUACGGGGGGAGGUGAUAGGAUCCCACAUAUUUUGGUAUUGACUGUUUAAUCUUGCAUAUAUGGUAUGUUAUCAUUCUCACACAUUUUGGUAUUGACUGCUAAUUUUGUAUAUAUGGUAUAUUAUCAUUCCCACACAUUUUGUUACUGACUGUCAACCUCGCACAUAUGGUAUAUUAUCAUCUCUCACGCACUUUGUUAUUGGCUAUUAAGAUAAAUUAUUUCAAAUGCUGUUAGCUGUCCAUAUUGUUGUAAAAUGUAUAAAUACCAUGGCUUUCUUUAUCGUUGUUGCACUUCAAUACACAGUCACAGUCCAGCCUUUGUCUUUUGAUAUUUGCGUGCUUUACUAAAUCGGAAGGUACGACAAGCAGAUAGGCAGAUUAGUUCAGGCGCAGACAGAUCAAGGUGAAAACGUCUUCAUUCAAUUCCCUACAGUUAUAACAAAUUGGCGACGGGGUUUUACCUUAAUUCAUUGCAGUUAUAGCAAGCAAACGACGACAGUUUUUAUUCUGUUCAGCGCAACUAUAUAACAUUUUUGACUGUGUUAAUUACAACCCAAUUACAAUGUCUAUCUCUCUGGACGAUCUCAAAUCUAUCUUGCAGCAGCAGCAAGUUCAGAAUGAAGCAGCUCAACUAAAAUUAAUCGAAGCUCUCACUCAGAAGCUGUCCAUUCAAGUUCCAUCAACAUCUCAUUCUGACAAAUAUGAAAGCAUCUCAAAUUCCAUCAGUGAGUUCAACUACGACCCAAUAUCUGGUCUCGUAUUUGAUGCAUGGUUCAAUCGUUACGAAGACGUUUUCCGUAUUGAAUGCUACAUGUUUGAUGAUGCUGCCAAAGUCCGAUUGUUACUAAGAAAACUUGGUACUGUUGAGCACAACAGAUAUGUUAACUUCAUUCUGCCCAAGAACCCACGUGAGUUAUCAUUCGAUGAGACAGUCACCGUUUUAUCACAAAUCUUUGGUGAACAGUCAUCCAUGUUUAAUAUUCGGUAUCAAUGUUUUCAGUUGACAAAAAUGCCUUCCGAUGAUUAUGUGACUUACGCUGGCAAAGUGAACAAGGAAUGUGAAAGGUUCAAACCACACGAAAUGACAUCAGAUCAGUUCAAGUGUUUGAUUUUUAUUUGUGGGUUGAAGAACCCAGAAGAUACUGACAUACGAACUCGACUUCUGUCACUUGUGGAACAAGACCCGAAAAUGACUUUACAAAUGGUGACAGCAGAAUGCCUACGUUUAAUCAACUUGAAGCACGAUACUGCUAUGGUGGAGUGCAAACGACAGUCGUCUGAAUUUGGUUCGAUUAACACAGUGAAAAGUCCUCCGAUCACCGUUAAGCACACAGAACGUCAGUCUCAAAAUUCAGCUAAACCUCCUUCAGUGUGCUGGCACUGUGGUUCGUGGCAUUUUGUCAAGUUCUGUCCUUUCAAGAAGCAUAAAUGCCGUAAUUGUCACCGUUUUGGACAUAAGGAGGGUUACUGUACACCGCAGAAAAAUUCUUCGGUGAGGAACAGAAGUAGUCGUUUCAAGCCGAAACAAUCUCCUCGAGUACAGACCGUUUUCACUACUUCCAAAGUCGAGUUCGCCAGCAAACGUAAGUACAUAACACUAGAUAUUAACGGCAAACGUAUUCGUCUUCAGUUGGAUACGGCAUCAGAUAUCACCGUAAUUUCCCGAACUACGUGGCGCAAACUUGGUUGCCCACAGAUUCUGCCGACCGAGCAUGUCGCCAAGAAUGUCUCUGGAGAUAUACUGAAACUCGUGGGUGAGAUCAAUUGCCAGGUUCAGUUUGGUGAGCAUCACUUCAAUGGUGUAUGUUACGUUACAAACUACCAUGAUUUGGAUUUGCUUGGUCUUGACUGGUUAGACAAGCUCCAUAUCUUUAAUGUACCAUUAAAUUCAGUAUGCUCUAAUGUUUCGUCUUCACCACACAACGUUGUUCCCGGAGAUGUAUCUGAUCAAUCUCUCUUGCAACGCCGUCGUCAAAAGCACGCUUCUGUCUUCCAGGACAAACUUGGUUGCUGCAAACUGUUUGGCAUCCAGCAUAUUCGUAGCCCCCCGUAUCAUCCCCAAUCGAAUGGACAGACUGAACGUUUCGUCGACACCUUUAAGCGUGCUUAUGCAAAAGCGAAGGGGGAGGGAACAACAGAAGAAAUUUUGGAUAAAUUCUUGCUGCAUUAUCGUACGAAUGAAAAAGGACAGUUAUGUGUCAGACACACAGAUCACGCUCUAUCCAGUACCACGCAAAGGUCAACUCGACAAAGAAGAGCUCCGAAACCUUUUCAAAUAGAUCCAAAAAGCAAGUCCUACACUCUUUACGGGGGGAGGUGAUAGGAUCCCACAUAUUUUGGUAUUGACUGUUUAAUCUUGCAUAUAUGGUAUGUUAUCAUUCUCACACAUUUUGGUAUUGACUGCUAAUUUUGUAUAUAUGGUAUAUUAUCAUUCCCACACAUUUUGUUACUGACUGUCAACCUCGCACAUAUGGUAUAUUAUCAUCUCUCACGCACUUUGUUAUUGGCUAUUAAGAUAAAUUAUUUCAAAUGCUGUUAGCUGUCCAUAUUGUUGUAAAAUGUAUAAAUACCAUGGCUUUCUUUAUCGUUGUUGCACUUCAAUACACAGUCACAGUCCA